AUGUCCUUUCAUUCUUCUGGUUCCGAAAGGGUUUUACCACCUAUUUUAACUAUUGAUACGGAUAAUAUCAUGCCGAUUUUACCACCCGUGUCAAGUCUUGCCCCUUCAGCAUCACCAUCAUUAUUUGGCCUGAAAACAUACACUCAGCCAGAACGCAUACAAACAUCUUUUGAAAGUGGCCACUUUCAUUCUCAUUCAAAUAUGCCACAGCAUGAACAGUCAUAUUCUUCACCAAGGCAGCUUAGAAACGCGAUUCAGGUUUUAAUGGCUACUCCUACUCACCCUCAUAGUAUGGUCUCCAGACCAAUGCAUCAUCCAUAUCAACAUCCUGUGUAUCGUCAAAAUGAUCGGAUUGAUCCCGCGACUGAAUUACUUGCUGAAAAGAGACGUAGAAAUGCUGGUGCGUCUGCUCGUUUUCGUGAUCGGCGGAAGCAACGAGAACGAGAAAUGCAAGAAAAAUGUCAAUUUUUGGAACGAAGAGUUCAAGAAUUAGAAAGUAUGGAUAGUGCUAAACACAUUAUAGAGUUAGAAAAAAAAUUGGAUGAGGCUAUCGCUGACAAAAAAGCUGCUCAAGAAAGACUUCUUGAAAUGGAGAAAGAGCUUCGUUCCAAAUUGCUUGAACAAGAACCAGAGUCUCUGACUCCUCCUUCAUCUUCGGGAGAAUACGAUUCCAAAGAUGAUUUUUUUAAUUAUUAUUCAAGAACAUCAGGGUUAUCGACAUCUUCGGAUGAAUCGCGUAAACCAAUUGACGUUAAAUCACUUUUAUCAUGA